CUAUAUCAGUGAUAACUGAAGAUCCACGUAAAUGCGAGUAAGGACGGAUAAUUUGGAAUAGUAGCGUGAAAUUGCAAUCGAAUGAUAGACGGUUAAUUUUAGAAUCGCUGUUGGCUAUGAUUACAACGCGUGGACGACACACGAUUCUUAAGAGACGAACAGAAACGAAACGUCGAAUGAUACGUAAUCGGUUUGAAGUGAGACGAAGCGGGAGUAAGUUACGGUGUGUUCCUGUUUCGUGGGAAUUAGCGCGUGUGUCGCUGUUAUUGGAUUAUUAAUCGAUGAUGAUGGAAGAAGAGAAGGCGGAAGCAGUUGCAAAGAAUGGGGAUCCAGAGGUGAAGGAAGAAACUGAGAAAGACGAAGAUGGAAUGUUUGAUGAAUCCAGUUUUCCGGAGCUGGAGCGCACUCAAACCGGUCGCAAAACAAGUAUCUUCAAGUACUAUUCAUUUAAAGAGAAAGAUACAAUGCCAAGUUCAGUAAAAAAACCAGGUCCUCUUAUUGGAGUAAUUGAUGUUGGCACGCGAACUGUUCGUUUUGUGGUAUUCAAUGCGAAGCAUGUAGCUGAAGUGGCAUCUCAUCAAAUCGACAUAGAACAAAUAAGUCCGCAAGAAGGAUGGAUGGAACAAGAUCCCAAAGAAAUUCUUUUUGCGGUAAAGGCUUGCAUCAAAGAUGUUAUACGGAAAUUAGAUGUGUUAGGUUUAAAAAUGGACGAAAUAGUAACAAUUGGUAUUACGAAUCAAAGAGAAACUACUGUAGCAUGGGAUGCAAUGACUGGUGAACCAUUAUACAAUGCAAUAGUAUGGUCCGAUAUUAGAACGAAUUCGAUUGUUGAUCAAAUAAUAGCUAAAUUUCCGGAUCAAAGUAAGAAUCAUAUCAAACCUUUAUGCGGUUUGCCAGUGAGUCCAUAUUUUUCAGCAUUAAAAAUACGUUGGAUGAAAGAUAAUGUGCCCACUGUUAGAAAAGCAAUGCGAGACAGGCGAUGUAAAGUGGGUACGAUGGACACUUGGAUCGUUUGGAAUUUAACGGGUGGCAAAGACGGUGGAUUGUAUAUUACUGACGUAACAAACGCGUCAAGGACCAUGUUAAUGAACAUAGAAACUCUUUCAUGGGAUCCCACGUUGUGCAGAUAUUUUGAUAUUCCUAUGCAAAUGUUGCCAGAAAUUAGAAGCAGUGCUGAAAUUUAUGGAAAAAUUGCAAUCGGUCCAUUAAAGGGUAUCACUAUAUCUGGUAUUUUAGGGAAUCAGCAAUCAGCUUUAGUUGGACAAAAUUGUUUAAAGAAAGGACAAGCAAAAAACACAUAUAGAAGUGGAUGUUUUUUACUCUGUAAUACGGGAACAACACGAGUAUAUUCUUCUCAUGGAUUAGUUACAACGGUAGCUUAUCAAUUAGGCCCAAAAAGUUCAGCUGUUUAUGCAUUAGAAGGUUCAAUUGCAGUAGCAGGUGCAGCUAUUAAAUGGUUACGAGAUAAUAUGAAACUCAUAAAGGAUGUACAUGAAAGUGAACAUUUGGCACAAAGUGUUUUUAGUACUGGCGACGUAUAUUUUGUGCCAGCUUUUACAGGAUUAUAUGCUCCAUAUUGGAGAAAAGAUGCAAGAGGAAUUAUUUGUGGACUUACUGCAUUUACAACAAAACAGCAUAUAAUAAGAGCAUCAUUAGAAGCUGUCUGUUUCCAAACUAGAGAUAUUUUAGAAGCUAUGUAUAAAGAUUGUGGUUUUCCAUUGACCAAGUUAAAUACAGAUGGAAAAAUGUCAACAAAUAAUCUUCUUAUGCAGUUGCAAGCAGAUCUUUGUGGUACACCAGUAUUUAGGUCCACAAUGCCAGAUAUUACAGCUUUAGGCGCGGCAAUGGCAGCAGGUCAUGCAGAAGGUGUAGAUAUUUGGGAAUUAGAAGGUGAAGAAAUAGAAACAGUAUCGACUGAUACAUUUUUGCCAACAACAACACCAGAAGAUAUUAUUGUUGUAGAAAGAGAUGCCAGAUAUAAAAAGUGGAAAAUGGCAGUUGAAAGAAGUUUAGGUUGGGCAGCAGUAAAGAAAUCUGAUCAAAUGACAGAUGAAAGAUAUUAUGUAUUGGCGUCGAUUCCUGCAAGUUGGUUCUUAAUGACAAGUUUUAUUUUAUUACGAUUAAGUUAUUAUUUGAAAAAUCGGUGACAACAUUUGUAUUCUUACAAUGGAGGAUCACUUAGAUAGCAAAUAGCCCAUAUUGUAUUAAAAAUACAAAUAGUAUGGCUGUCAAACAUUGAUAGUAGAUGACAUAUGGCCAUUAUUAAUUAAAAAAAAAAAAACAAAAAAUAGUACAAGAUGCUACUUUGAUUUAAUUACUUAUGCUCAUAAUCUUAUUAAAAAAGAUUAAUAUAAUUACUUAAACGAAACGCGACAAAACAAAAAGCAUGGAGCUUUUUUAAAAAUAUAUUUUAAAAAAAGAAUUUUUUUUUUUCUAUCUUUUUUUUAGAUACAAUAUAUGCGUGUAAUUUGGAAAAUUCAUUUAUUCGUUAUUUUUUAUUGAUUGUUAAUAGAAAAUAAUGAAAUAUUUCAUGAAAUAUUACUGCCAUAUUUAUAGAGCCAGGAUUAUAAUUUUGUAUAAUU